CCCUUGUUUGUAUUUUUCGUUUUUGUUUUUACCUUUCAUUUUUGUUUCCUUUGCAAAGAAAUGCUUUACUUGAAAAAGUACUUCACAGAGGGUCUGAUUCAGUUCACUAUCCUCCUGAGUCUCAUUGGGGUGCGGGUGGACGUGGACACCUACUUGAACAGUCAACUGCCCCCGCUUCGUGAAAUCAUCUUGGGCCCGAGCUCAGCCUACACGCCGACACAGUUCCACAACCUGCGCAACACACUGGACGGCUAUGGCAUCCAUCCGAAAAGCGUGGACCUUGACCAUUUCUUUGCCAUUCGCCGGCUGCUAAACCAGGUGCGAUCUCUGGAUCACCUGCGCGUGCCCAGCACUGAGCUGAGUGCCUGGUUGGUGCACCGUGACCCUGAAACGGUGGUGUCUGCAACCGGCCAGUCCAGUCCCAGCAUCGCUCUGGACAAUGGCAGCAGCCUGGAGGACGUGAACAGCCCAGAAGCCUCGGCCAUGAGGGGGGCCGGCAGUGCUUCUGAGUCUAGCUACAGCCUUAGUGGAGAGGACAGUUUGGGAGCUGUGGCUCCUGAGACCAGUCAAGAACAUCGAGACAGAGAGGGCACUGACGAUCUUUCUAAAGAGGACAUAGAUCUUAUAGAUAUCCUCUGGAGGCAGGAUAUCGACCUUGGGGCUGGACGGGAAGUGUUUAACUACAGCAGCAGACAGAAGGAUGGCGAGGCAGACAAACCUAAUGAUGAGAACGAGGAAGCAGGUGUACGAGACGAAGACUGGAGGAAUGGGAUCAAUCUACAGAGCAUGACCACUGUGGAUGGAGAAACUGGAGAGAGCAUACCUGAACAGCUCUCUAGCCUCGGUGCACAGACCUCAAUGUCCCUGCAGGAAUGCUUACGGCUUCUAGAGGCCACCUUCCCGUUUGGCGAGGAAUCAGAGCUUCAGGCUACAGAAACAGCUCCUCAGCUGCAAGGAUCAACUGAAGGCGUUCCUUCUACAUCACAGGGGAUUCCACUGCCCGCCCCUUUGCCCCAAUCUGAUGUACCAGUAGACCUGGAACAGCAGUGGCAGGACAUUAUGGCCAUCAUGGAACUGCAGGACAUGGAUGUCAAUAACACGACGGAUAAUGUCAUCCUAAACAACAACUUAAAUAAUACUGCUAAUACUACUGAAUCUGGCACAGUGGUAAAUUUUGCUCUUCCACCAUCCGGUCUUAUCAACGAGGAUGUGAGCCUUCACCAGGCGUCCCUCCCAAGUUGCAGCCAAGACAUCCCCAGCCUUUUUAAUUCAGAAUUAGAUCCAUCUGUGGAGCAUCAACCUGCCCUGCAUAGGCUUGCCUCCAGCAAUUCUUCAAAUAUCAACUCAACUUAUGGAGUCACAAAUUUAACUGGGCUGUUUCUUCCACCACUUUUGAACAGCACCAAUAACCUAACAUCCACAUCUGUGCUACCUGAUCCCUUUUGUAGCCUGUUGGAGGACUCCAUGCUGGAUGAAAUUAGCCUGUUAGACCUUGCCAUGGAGGAAGGGUUCAGCCAAGCUCAGGCCUCUCAGUUAGAAGAUGAACUCGACUCAGAUUCCGGCCUUUCUUUGGACUCUGGCCACAGUCCCGUUUCACCUAGCAACUCUGAGACCUCCUGUUCCUCUGCCGCUUCAUCCUCCUCAACCUCUGCCACUUUUUCCGAGGAAGGAGCUGUGGGUUACAGCACAGAUUCCGAAGUGGCCACGGCAGAAACAGAAGAGGGAGCUGUCGGGGGCUUCCAGCCUGAGUAUAGCAAGCUGUGCCGCAUGAGCUACCAGGAUCCUUCUCAUUUCCGUGGCCUACCACAGCUGGACAAUGUCAAUCACAACCACACCUACAGCCUACCACUGGAAUCACCAUACCCUGAGGAGCCCCAGCUGUUUGGAUCAGGUAGUAAAAAGGGCAGAGACAAGCAGCUGCAGCCGACCAAGAUUCAGCCGCCACGAGAUUUCAUGGACAAGCAGUCGAGCCGAGAUGAACGUCGAGCAAGAGCUAUGAAGAUCCCAUUUUCCAAUGAAAAAAUCGUCAACCUUCCCGUCGAAGAGUUUAACGAGCUCUUAUCCAAACACCAUCUCAGCGAGGCCCAGCUUGCCCUCAUCCGUGACAUCCGCAGGCGUGGCAAGAACAAAAUGGCUGCCCAGAACUGCCGCAAACGCAAGUUGGACACCAUCAUCAACCUGGAGCAAGGUGUGCAGGAUCUGCGCCGUGACAAAACCCGGCUACUGAAAGAAAAAAUGGAGUUCCUGCGCUGUAUCAGGCAGAUGAAGCAGAAGGUGCAGACCCUUUAUCAGGAAGUGUUUAGUCAGCUGCGUGAUGAAGAAGGCAGGCCGUAUUCUCCUAGAGAGUAUUCCCUGCAGUACGGUGUUGACGGUAGCGUGAUCGUCAUGCCUCAGAGCAUGACUGCUGAACAAAGCCGGAAGCCUGACAAGAAACAGAAGGACAAAAAGAAGUGAGUCUGGGAGCGUUACCUGCUUCUUUCUUUUGUUGCCAAGUCCCCACCAUAAAAAUAUUUAUAUACGGUGGAAGAAAUUGCCCUUUUUUUCCUUUGAAAGGAUUCUAGCAAGGAAAAGAGAACAGGACUGUCAGUGCUGUUCCUGCAUUAGGUUUUCUUCCUUUUUCUUUCAGAGUUUUCUCCAGAAAACAUGAAGCAGAGAUGCUUUUUAUAAUACUGAUUUUUCGUGGAGUGUAAACAGAUGAAGAAUUUCGGUUGGAUGGAGUGAAUUGUUUGAUUCUAGGAAAAGUAGGAAAGGUAGUCGUAACAUCGUGGAGGACGCUGACAGAUUUCUAGCCUGAUAUUAAAUUUGAGAAAUUAGCAUUAUUCUUGAAACCAAGAUUAAAUUCAGGUGUUUUGGAAAGGUCAGCAGAAUCUUAAGUAUUGGCCUGUGGUGUGAAAGUGUAUCCUGCUUGUAGGGCUGUAGAGUUAAAGUGGAAGGCACUUUUUACUGAAACUGAAGAUGGUGAACGAAAGCUUGGAAGUUGGCCUAAAUGUUCGAGGCUUGAAAGCAAAUGCAAGAGAAGGCAUGUCGGUUAGGUUGUGCAUUUCGUUAGUUUCCCGUUCUAUCUAUCACAUGGGUCACAUGGUGUACUUGCAUCAAUGCCUUUCCAAUGACAUGCACAACAAACAUAUUACAACUGAACAGUUACAAAUAAAUCCAACAGUGGAUUCUCUGGAUAUUAUGCUUCACUCACCGUGGAACUGAGAAAGUCAAGUGAAACAAUGGAAAGCUGGAAUGAAUUUGAUGGGAAGUAAAUACUAAGCAAGGAUGUGCGCUGCAUUACUAAUAAAUCAUCUUCUGUGCUCUGCUAAGUGCUGUAAAUCAUCUCCGUAUCUUGGCUCUGUCUUGGUCAUUUCCUCUCUUCAGGCUUGAAGGUGUAAAUGCCCUUCUUGCAGCUUUCCAUGGUUUCGCACUCCAUGUGCAUAAACUUUUGCAUAAGCUGCAGGGUAUGAAAGCCUGAAUUUUGUCUCCGAGCAUUUUACUGAUGCUCGUCAUGGGGGGAGAAAUUACAACGAAAAGAAAAGUUGAACUGAAGCUUCCAUUCAGUUUUAGUUUCUGGCUUGCUACUACACUGCAGUGUUGCUCGGUCAACAAAAGCAAUUUUCAGAACCAUUUUGCUUCAGAACGGUUUUGUUUUUGUUGUUUAUUUUUCAUUUUGUUCUGGAUGCUUCAGUCCUUUAAUGCUGUUUUUCUGUUUGAUCAUGACCUGGACAAUAAACAGUACUCACUGAAACGUAACAGUUAAGAGCGAGAUUAGUUAUCGUCAUUUAUAGCCACAGUAAUACUUGUAUGACCGAGCUAAUUGUGUAAAUGUGUAAGGUAAACACCAAUCACAUUUCCUGUUAGCAUUUUGUUUAGCCGUUAAGGUCACCUUGAGAGAAAAAGCUGCUUACAUGUAUGGAAAUAAAACUGGCUCAUGGCUCAAUGCAUUAUAAGGAAUACUUGAAGUGGGGCUUAAGCAGUAAUAAGAGUGCUUAAUGUAUUUUACUCCUGAAAUGGUCUCAUGCUAAAAGAAUCCUAUCACAGUGAACAAGGAGCCUUAUUUUAGUGGUGUUCUUUAAUGAAAAAUAUGCUACAGUACUCAUUCAACCUACACUUCUUACCCUACUAGUGUAAAUAAUAAGAAAAUUCCCUUAACCCCUCAAAGGUUGCAAACUCUCAAAUGUGCCCAGUUUGAAAUGUAUUAAAAAUGUACGCUGUGCAUCACUCUGGUUGGCAGCAUAUAUAUACACACAUUUAAAAGCGGUUGUUAAAAGAGGGGGGUGGGCUAAAUGUUAUCUUAGUAUCAGUAGGAAACCCUGGUACACAUAAACCAAAUCGCAAGUAUCUGUCAUCAUACUGUUUUAUGAGGCUUACUACUAGCCACAACUGCCCUCACUGCUGAGCCUCCACUGAAUGAUAAAAUUGACAGCCUAGAUUCAGAGUUAUCUGAUUCUGGAGCCUUUCUGUGUUAUGCAUUGUGUGGUUUUGGAAGAGUAUGGCUAUUUACAUCAGCCUUUGGUAGUCAUAUGCUGACCCCAGUGCUUACAUCGCAAUAUGAAAAAAAAAAAAUUAAGACAUUUUGAUGAAUUAGAACAGCUGAAUUGUUUACACACCUCUUCUGACACGUGCACAGCCCUCCUCUUCUCGCCCCUGCAUUCUGCACAGGCGUCUCUUCCGCCAAUCAGGGUCCUUACACAGCGUAUGAAGACUCACCCACCCACACAUAUACCCCUGCAGAUACGGUGGCCAAUUGGUAUCUGCUUCAGGCACUGCCAAUUAUGCCUGCCAGAUGGCGCCCAGCCGACCGGUGGCAACACAAGUUUCGAACCGAGGAGUUCAGAAACUCGGUGCUGGUGCGCUAGCGGAAUAUCCCGCUGCGCCACUAAUUUAUUUUAUUACAUCAUCAACGUCAGUAAAAAAUUUUGACUUUGCCCCUGCUGUGGCACCCUGGUUGAGAAAGGCUGGUUUAGACAUUAGAAAAGGUGGUCACCCUGUAUUGCUCCUGGUGGUUGGCAUUUCUACAUGUUAUUAUCAUCAGCCGACUGUAAUGAACAGUAAAAGAAGCAGAGUUGUAUAUGUAUGUAGCAUCCACAGUUGCUUUAUUCAGUCUGCAUUGAGAUUUAUUUAACCACUUACUGGUUUCUUUAUUAUUACUGAAAUACAAUGAUUCUAAUAGUGGAAUUGUAACAUUUCUAGGAUUUAAACACAAAUAUUACAGGGUUAUUUUGGCAUUAGCUUAGGUACUGUAUCAACACUGGAUCAGGUAUUGAAAUGAAGAAACGGUAAUUGUGCACCCGAAUUCAAUAUCUGCUCAAUAUUUUGAUCUUUAUAGGUUAUUCAGUCUUACUCAUUUUCAUUUUUCACAUCUACACUGCCCACCUACAGUCAUAAACAAGGAGCUGUUGUCUUGUCGAAAGUAAUUAAACGUCUGUUUGUUGUCCUGCUUUGAUUAUAGUUUUACAUUUGACAUUUACAAUUCUCUUAUCACAAACUACGGACUGUAAACUGCUACGUCGUUUUUGCAUUAAAGCAUCACAAAUACCUACAAUGUAAUGCUAUCUAACGAACGUAAUUCCAGCGCAAGGGUUUUGACAGGGGAAAGAAUUCUGUCAUAUUAAAAUCAGGGUGAACAUUUUGUUUAUUGCUCGUAUUGCUGUUUUAAUCUGCUCCUGUGUCACUGUGGUUAAGCCAGCUGAUGUUUAGAGGGCUGCAUGUGUUUAUGCAGGUAUGUAUGAUAGAAAUUAGGUGGGGAACACAUGAUUAUCGCAGUUAAUAAUAGUGAAGACUUUUUGUCAUAUUAGGCGGAGUAAAAACAACAAGAAUAAAUGGUUCAAGCUUCUCUUAUGUUGUAUAAAUGUAUUUAAUGGAAAAGGAACUGAGCUGACAUUGUAAAUUCUUACUAGUUCAAACCAAGUAAAUCUGAAGAAGUGGAGCAAAAAGGAUUUCUCAUGUUACUUGUACAAGAGUUAUAAGCCAUUUCUGUUAGCCAGCAGUUGAUCUAGGCUACCAAUUGAGCAUGUACAAACUGUACACCAUGCAACUGAAGUGGAAAUGUGUAAACCUUCAACGAAUGUAAUGUAUAAACUGUGUCACGUAAGAAAUGGCUAGAUUUGCAAUUUGCAAUGUAUACACUUUUGCUUCGACAGGAAAAAAAUCUCUACUUACAUGGCUCUUUCGAUGUCUGGUGCAAAGUGCAAUAUGCAAGGGAAAAAAUGUCACUUUAUCUCUAAAAUGAAUUAGAGACAACCUUUAAGCUUCGAAAUAGGUUUGAAGUAGAUACAUUUAUUAUAAAACUGCUUUAAAAAAGUUUGAGCAUGUAAUGCGUGCUUAAAGUACUUAAGUGAGAGCUCUCCCUGAUUUUAUGCUUUCACUACUUGUCAUGCACUGAUUUUUUUUUUUUUUUUUA